AAGAGAGAUCGUGGGCUGAGGGGUAACCUCUGCCCUUGGGAGGGCCCUAGGACACAACAUACUUGUCACCAUGACUGCUGCCCAGGAGCUCAAGAGUCGUGGGAUGAAGUUUGCUGAAGAGCAGCUGCUAAAGCAUGGAUGGACGCAAGGCAAAGGUCUGGGCCGGAAGGAGAAUGGGAUCACCCAGGCACUCAGGGUUACACUGAAGCAGGACAGUCAUGGGGUGGGACAUCACCUUGCCAAGGAGUUCACUGACCACUGGUGGAAUGAUCUCUUCAACAAGACGGCGGCCAGCUUGGUGGUGGAGGCGAAGCAGGAUGGAGUCCAGCUAAGGCGUGUGUCAAAGGAGACCCCCUGCCCAAACCAUCCCAAGCCCAACAUGCUGUAUCAGAAGUUCGUCCAGAUGGCCACACUGACUUCGAGUGGGGAGAAGCCAGCACAGGACUUGGAGCACUGCAGUGAGGAUAACAGCCCUGAGCUCAAGCUUCCAAGGAUUCUGACUGAUGAGAUGCUUCUCCAGGCUUGUGAGGGACGCACAGCACACAAGGCUGCCAGGCUGGGGAUCACCAUGAAGGCUAAGCUGGCUCGGCUAGAGGCCCAGGAACAGGCCUUCCUGGCUCAUCUCCAAGGUCAGGAUCCUGGGAACCCACCAGUUCAGCCUGAGAGCAAGACCCCCAAAAAGAAGAAAAAGAAAAGGAAGUGGAAAGAGGAGGAAGCAGCAGCAGUCACCGAAGAGCAGGCCCAGGAGGAGCUCCCAGGCUGUCCUGAGCAGAGCCCCAGGAGAAGCAAGAAGAAAAAACACCUAGAGCCGGUCAGAGAGGAGUCCAAGGGAAGCACCAUAUGCCCCGAGGACGAGCAGGACAGAGAGCAGAGUGAGCAGCCCCGCAGGAAAAGACAGACACAGCAGCAGCACUCUGAGGAGGCAGGCGAGAGGGCUGCCUGCAGCCCAGAGAGCAAAGCUUACAAGGACCCGCACCGCAGGAGCAAGAAGAGCCACGCUCCAGCAGAGGAAAGGGACGGGGACGGAGAGACAGGUACAGUCUGCAGGGCCAGGAAGCACAGGAGCAAAAAGAAAAGGCAGCGGUAUCCCGAGGACGAUGAUGUUGUAACGCUGAGAGGCGAGGGGGAGGAGGAGGGAGAGGAGGGGGAGGAGGGCUGGACUCUGGAUGCCGAGCUCAGAGCACCCACUGGCAUGAACCAGAGUGACAAAAAAAGGUGGCGGCAGCUACCAGCCAAAGAAAGAACAGGACCCUGCCUCAAAACCUGUCCUACGUUCAGCCAAAUUAGUCUCCCCAGGACUGGGUUCGAAACGCGAAACCCCAGCGCCGGCUCCCAAAGGCGUCCUUGUACAUUUCUUUUUGUUCGGGGCUUCCGGUCCGAGGCUGACGGCAGAAUUCCUGCGUGCCGCGCUAGGCUUCUGCUAAUUUCCCCGCAACUCCCCAUCCUGCGUCCUCCCUCUUCCGUUCCCCUCCCGCGGCCACCGCUCAGCUGUCAGCGGGCCGCGCCGCCCCGGGGAAAACCCCGAGUAACGGACCUGGGGCGUUGCUAG